AUGGCGUCCGAAGCAGACUACAUCAUUGCAGGAGGAGGUUUGGCCGGGUGUGUAGUCGCCUCGCGCCUCAAGCAGCACAACCCAGCCCUCAAAGUCCUUAUCCUCGAAGCGGGAAGUGACCCCUCGAGCAACCCGAACACUGAAUCAUUUCCGGGCCUUUUCUCCCUCCUUGGCUCAGAACUUGACUGGUCGUAUCCCACCGUGCCCCAGACGAACACCGUCGGUCGGUCUCACGAGGUCCAUGCUGGAAAGGCCCUAGGUGGAGGCAGUGUGAUCAACUUCGGCGGAUGGACUCGCGGGGAUGCGGCCGACUAUGACCAAUGGGCUAGAAUGGUAGGAGAUCAGCGGUGGAGCUAUGGGGGACUGCUGUCAUUUUUUCGCAAGUCCGAAACGUUCUUCGAUCCUAAGGCAGAUCCCAAACACCAUGGAUUCGAUGGGCCCAUCCGCGUGACAGCAGUGUCUGCAAGUGAUGAGAGGCGCAAGUAUCCGCUUCGAGAGCCGAUCAAAGAUGCUUUUACGGAGAUUGGCGUCCCGUUCAAUCCUGAUGGAUGCUCGGGCAAUCUGGCGGGGAUUUCGGAAUAUCUGGAGACCUGGAAGGAUGGAAGGCGCCAAGCAGCUCAUCAAGCGUAUAGCCUCGAGGGUGUGGAGGUCCUUACUGAAGCCAUCGUUCACCGGGUGGAGUUUGCGGAAAGCGAUCCUAGCGGAAAGAAGAUCGCUUCAGCGGUUCUUCUUACGGAUGGUCGCCGUUUUACAGCUCGGAAAGAGGUUAUUUUGGCUACCGGCGCCUUGCGUACUCCCCAGAUCUUGAUGCUUUCUGGGGUUGGGCCCGCCGAAACGUUGUCUCAGCAUGGCGUUCCAACUGUGAUCGACGCACCGGAAGUUGGUAAGAGCCUUACGGAUCAUUUCGCGCUGUUCCAGCUAUACAAAUUGCGAAAUCCGGAGCGCGGUCUCGCAUUGGGAAGCCCGCUUCUCUCAGACCCAGCAUUCAUGAAGGGGUUUCCCGCAGACUGGACCAUCAAUCAGGAUAUGCCAGCCCAUAUCCUAGAAUCGGCGGUACGCAACGAUGAUGCCAGGUUUGGUACAACGACCGACCCAUCUCUUUUGGCUCCCGGCCGGCCUCUAGUCGAGACAUUGGUUGUUUACGCCCCUGCCGGCAUCCCCGACGUACCCGUGGAUGGCAGCUUCAUCGUGACCUCCGUUAUGUUGCUAGGUUCAACAUCCCGAGGAACCGUUAGCAUUAGCUCGUCAUCGCCUACGGACAAUCCCAUGGUGGACUCUAAUUACUUUGACACGGAGGCUGACCGAGUCACUCUUAUUCACGGGGUACGUCGCACAUUACAAGCGUUGCUGGAUACAACUGCACUAAAGGAUUACAUCGAGGCCGAGGUGCCCCCGCCCGGAAUGCCCGCCUUAUCCCCCCAAUCUUCCGAUGCUGAGCUCGAGGCGCGUAUCAGGGCCGCCGGAGUUGCUCACUAUCAUCCGUCCGGCACAACCGCGAUGGGCAAAGUCGUGGAUUCAGACCUCCGCGUUUACGGGGCCGAAAACCUUCGGGUUGUCGACGCCAGCGUUUUCCCGGUGAGCAUCGGUGGUCAUCCGCAGGCGACCUUGUAUGCAGUUGCAGAACAAGCAGCAGAGAUUAUCCUCCAGGACCGACUACAGGCAAUCGCCUUGAAUACCGAAGACAGAUACAGUAUGGAGUAG